ACCUGCCAUCUCCCGCUGCCCCCUAGGUGACAGCUGUCCCGUGGGCUGCUGUGUUCAUGCUGCCCUUCCCACCCUGUGCCUCGUUUCUUCUGGGAGCCCGGUGCCCACCUUUCCUUUCCCUGGCUCUGGGCCAAGCUGCUACCCUGCAGCCAGAUCCGCCUCGGGGUUCCUCGAAAGCCCAGCGGGCGGGUAGGGACCCUGGAGGAGCUCCACCCCGCUGAUCCCUGCUAGACUGGACUCGGGAAAGGAAGGAGGGGACAGAUGCAUCCGAGGAGGCUGCCACAGCCGCAGUGGGAGAGCCAAGUACGGACCUGCUAUUCCUGUCUCCAGUUCUCCAGCCUCUCCUCCCCCUUUCCCUUGGAACACCCUGGUCUUCCCAUGGUCUUCUCCAAGGCAGGCUCCCUAUUCCUCACAACUCCCCACACUCUCUCAUUCACCCAGCCUGGUAGUGUCUCCUUCCUCCUCCCACUCUCCUGAUGGCUCGUCCGGGGGAGUGACCACUGCUCCCCAGGAGUCCCCUUCUGCUCCUCCCCAAACAGGGAGCGGAGCUGGACCUGCCUCUGGAAGGGCCAUGCGCAGCACCACACUCCUGGCCCUGUUGGCCCUCGUGCUGCUUUACUUGGUUUCUGGGGCUCUAGUGUUCCAGGCUCUGGAGCAGCCGCAUGAGCAGCAGGUGCAGAAGGAGCUGGAGGAUGGCCGGGACCAGUUUCUGAAGGAGCAUCCGUGUGUGAGCCCAAAGAACCUGGAGGGGCUCAUCAAGCUCGUGGCUGGAACCCUGGGAGGGGGUGCAAACCCAGAAACCAGUUGGACCAAUAGCAGCAACUACUCAUCAGCUUGGAACCUGGGCAGCGCCUUCUUUUUCUCGGGGACCAUCAUCACUACCAUCGGCUAUGGCAAUACAGCCUUACACACAGAUGCCGGGCGUCUCUUUUGCAUCUUCUAUGCACUGGUGGGGAUCCCGCUGUUCGGGAUGCUGCUGGCGGGAGUCGGGGACCGGCUGGGCUCUUCUCUGCGCCGGGGCAUCGGUCACAUCGAAGCAAUCUUCUUGAAGUGGCACGUGCCGCCAGGGGUGGUGAGGAUCCUGUCUGCGGUGCUCUUCCUGCUGAUUGGCUGCCUGCUCUUUGUCCUCGCUCCCACCUUCGUGUUCUCCUAUAUGGAGAGCUGGAGCAAGCUGGAAGCCAUCUAUUUUGUCAUAGUGACACUCACCACCGUGGGCUUUGGCGAUUAUGUGCCCGGUGAGGCCACCAGCCAGAACUCUCCAGCCUAUCAGCCCCUGGUGUGGUUCUGGAUCUUGUUUGGCCUAGCCUACUUCGCCUCCGUGCUCACCACCAUCGGUAACUGGCUGCGAGCGGUGUCCCGCCGCACGCGGGCAGAGAUGGGUGGCCUCACGGCGCAGGCAGCUAGCUGGACCGGCACAGUGACAGCACGAGUGACACAGCUAGCCGGGUCCAGCACCCCACCGCCAGAGAAGGAGCAAGCGCUCUUGCCCUCCUCUCUGCCCGCACCUCCUGGAAUUGCCGAGUCAGCCCCCAGGCCAGGAUCUCCAGCUCCCCCAGAGAAGGUCGAGACACCUUCCCCGCCCACUGCCUCAGCUCUGGAUUACCCCAGUGAGAAUCUGGCCUUUAUCGAUGAAUCCUCAGACACGCAGAGUGAGCGUGGCUGCGCCCUGCCUCGUGCGCCCCGGGGUCGUCGCCGUCCCAACCCCUCCAGGAAGCCCGCUAGACCCCGGGGUCCUGCGCGUCUCCGAGACAAGGCCGUUCCGGUGUAG